AUGGGGUUGACGUUCACGAAGCUGUUUGCGCGGUGGGUGGGCAAGAGGGACAUGCGCAUUCUCAUGGUGGGGCUGGACGCGGCGGGCAAGACCACCAUUCUCUACAAGCUCAAGCUCGGGGAACUCGUUACAACCAUCCCCACUAUUGGCUUCAACGUGGAGACAGUGGAGUAUAAGAACAUCAGCUUCACUGUCUGGGACGUGGGGGGCCAGGAUAAGAUUCGCCCUCUCUGGAGGCAUUAUUUCAACAACACUCAAGGGCUCAUAUACGUGGUGGACAGCAAUGACAGGGAGAGAGUGAUGGAGGCGAGAGACGAGCUGCACCGUAUGCUCAAUGAGGACGAGCUGCGUGACGCCUCUCUCCUGGUCUUUGCCAACAAGCAGGACCUUCCCAACGCGAUGAAUGCUGCUGAGAUCACCGACAAGCUCGGCCUGCACUCGCUGCGCCACCGCAUCUGGUACAUUCAGAGCACUUGUGCCACGUCAGGGGAAGGGCUGUACGAAGGACUUGACUGGCUCUCUAACAACAUAUCCGCUAAAGAUUAA